CUUUAGUCUGGGAACAAUUUUUAUUAAUUUUAGUAAAUGUAUAUUAUGGGUCUCAUUUAAAUUGGGUUAGUAUUUGUAAUAAUUAUAAAUGCCUAAGGAAUUUUGAAUGGAUAUUUGUUUUUUUAAAUUAUUGAUAACACCUGGAUGACAUUGAAUUAAAUUAAAAAUAUGAGAAGAAAUAUUAUAAUUUAUUGUGUGUAUUUAUUCAUUAUUUUUACUGAAAUCGUAAAAAAAAUUGUAAAUUUCCAUAUUGCGUCUGUUGCUUGGUUUCCCGUGUCCCACUGUUUCCAUUUUAUCAUGAUUGUUCAUCUAAAUUUUUCUCUAGUACUAAGGGUACAUUUUCACUCAUAUGAAAAGGGUUAAAAUAAAAGUUUAUUUUAUUAAAUAUCAUAGUUGUAGAAAGUACUUUUUAUCUUAUUCCACUUCUAGCAGAAACCCAAAACAAUCUGAUGGGGUUGGAGUUAAAAUUAGAUGGAAACGGGAAGAAAAGAAGUACGAAAUAUGGAAUAAGUAACAACUGGAAGUGAUGUUAAACCAGUACGCCACCAGUUGGAAAAUUUUGUAAAUGGCAAGCAUCUGAGGAUUGGAACGAUCAAUUAUUAUCCUGAGAGUUGGGCGGAAAGGACUGAAAAUGGCACAUACAUAGGCAGGGGAGCAGCAUUCGACUUGGUACAUAUAUUACAGAAGAAAUUCAAUUUCACUUACGAAGUUGUCGUUCCGGAAAGGAACAUGUUGUACAGCGAUGACAGACCACUGGAAUCCCUCAUUGGGCUACUUGCCUCAAAUCGUAUUGAUAUGGCAGCGGCAUUUAUUCCAAUUAUGAAGAACUCGGAUCAAUUUGUAACAUUCUCAACGAUAAUUGAUGAGUCUAACUGGAUGAUGAUGCUAAGACGCCCAAAGGAGUCGGCGGCUGGUUCUGGACUUCUUGCACCCUUUGACGAAAAUGUUUGGUUAUUAACCCUGGCAGCAGUUAUGAUAUAUGGACCGUGCUUGACACUGCUAACGAAGCUUCGUAGUAAGUUAAUGCCAGAAGAAGAGGAUUAUAUACGCCUAUCUCCGAGCUUUUGGUUUGUGUAUGGAUCUUUUAUUAAGCAGGGUACCUCGUUGUCUCCUUCUGCAAACACAACCCGCGUUUUAUUUGCGACAUGGUGGCUGUUUAUAAUUUUAUUAUCAGCAUUCUAUACUGCGAAUUUGACCGCUUUUUUGACUUUAUCGAAAUUCACUUUGGACAUAGAAACAGUUCAGGAUUUAUAUAAGAAAAACUAUCGAUGGGUGGCUCCGGAAGGUGGCGCUGUAGAAAAUGCUGUCAAAAACCCGGAUGAAGUAAUAAAUUUCCUACUAAAAACUGUUACGACUGGACGAGGUAGAUUUCUGUCAGUCAGAGAUACGUCCUCGUUCCUUACUUAUGUAUCCGAAGGAGCGGUGUUAGUCCAACCAAGCGUUACUUUACAAUACCUUAUGUACAACGACUAUUUACAAAAAACCAGGAUGGGCGUACCCGAAGCUGAAAGAUGCACGUACGUAGUUGCACCUGGUGUGUUCAUGACCAAAAGGAGAGCGUUUGCAUACCAACAUAAGUCGAAAUUGAAAUCGCUGUUUAAUCCGGUUAUAAAGAGCGUAAUACAUUCGGGAAUUCUUUCGCACCUCUCUAUGCGUAACUUACCCGAUACUAAGAUCUGCCCUCUGGAUUUACAAUCAAAAGACAGGCAGUUGAGUAACACGGAUCUCCUGAUGACAUAUUACAUCAUGAUGACGGGAUUAGCUGCUGCUCUUGCUGUCUUCCUUGCAGAAAUAUCCCUAAAACGAUACAUUCAUCCCAAAAGUGACGUCAUACAUCCAAGGUUCCGCCGAAAGAGACCAAAUAAGAUUGAACCAGCUAUAUUUGAUGACAACCGUCCGCCGCCAUACGAGUCUUUGUUCGGAAAAACAAAAGGACAAUCGAAAAAGAAGUUUAUCAAUGGCAGAGAGUAUUGGGUUAUAAAGAAAGAGAACGGAGAGACUAGACUGAUUCCUGUGAGGUCACCAUCAGCUCUCUUAUAUCGAUAAAUUUGCGAAUUAACGUUGCUUUUCGAUGCUAGUAUGUAAUUUUUAAGAAUAAUAACACUUUAUUUAUAUCAUAAUAACACAAAACAGGAGAGAAAUAAGAUUAAAUAAAUGAAGAUAAAAGAUGUAAAUGGACUUAAAGCAGUUUCUUGCAGACCUCUUAUUUUAAAAAAAUAGCAUAUAUUGAUUAUCGAGUGACUCUAAAAGUUCUUUUAAAUUCCUUCUACAAUCAUCG